CAUGGAAAUUUAUUAAGAUUUUGUAAUAGAUUUUAUUUUGGGCUUAAAAAUAAUAUGCUUAUGGAAUAUCUUAAUAGAGCAUCGCGAUUUAUACCAGAACCUACGCUUAUAUCCCAUAAAGGGCAGAAUGGAAAAAUUUGUGUUAUAGGAGGCAGUAUAGAUUACACAGGGGCUCCUUAUUUUGCUUCAAUAUCCGCUCUUAAAAUGGGUGCUGAUUUAGCUCAUGUCAUAUGCCCUCCAGAGGCAGCUCCCAUUAUUAAAACAUAUUCUCCUGAACUAAUGGUCCAUCCUAUAUUGGAUAUAAUAUCUAACAUAAAAGAUUUGGCUCAUUUAUUAGAGAAGAUGCAUGUUUUGGUUUUAGGCCCUGGAAUGGGAAGAGAUGAGAAGAAGAUACCCAUUUUCCAGAAAAUUAUUGAAGUAGCUAAAAAGUUAAACAAACCAAUGAUUAUUGAUGCCGAUGGAAUUCAUUUUAUCUCAAUAAAUCCUCACAUUAUUUUAGGAUAUCAAAAUCUUAUUUUAACACCUAAUGCUAAUGAAUUUAAACAAUUGUACUCUCUAACAAUUAAGCGCACGGACAGCUUUUGCGCCACAGAGGAAAAUGUGAAAGAAGUUGCGGAAAUGCUGGGGGGAAUCACGAUAUGCCUGAAAGGACCUAAAGAUAUUAUAAGCGACGGGAAAUUUGUAAUGCUUUGCGAUAGACCAGGAAGCCCCAGGCGAUGUGGAGGACAAGGAGAUUUGCUUUCAGGUACGAUGGGUGUGUUUUUGCACUGGUUUGACUGGAAGAAUCCCAACAAAGCCGCGAAUCUCGACGAUAAACAACGCGAUAGUCAAUUCAGAGUGGAUACUCAAAUAAGCAAUACUAUGCUAGCCGCCUUUGCAGCCUGCAAUCUAGUGCGCGAAUGCAACAAAAAAGCAUUUGGAAAGAAACAAAUGUCGGCUCUAACCACCGAUAUGAUUGAAGAAAUUAACGAAUCCAUGAAAAUAAUCUUCAAAUCUCAACCUAAUAAAUAGAUUACUGUUAUGUUAUUUGUUUUCCUUCAUUUUAUAUCGAAUUCCCAUUUAAAAUCUUUGGCCUCGAUAAAAUAAAUACGAAAAGAUUUUGCCAAAAAAUGUACAUGAAUUGAGGAAACUACUAUUAAAUUAUAUUGUAUAUUGUUUUAUAAAAAAAGAUAUGCAGACAACAUUAAUCUUUGUUAAAUUAUUUAUGAAUGUAAAAAAAAUUGUCUUAUAUUUAUUGU